CGUCCAGCAAUGCACCACACUCUUUGCUCUGCAAAGAGGCCACGGAGGAGCGACAUAGUUCGGUCCAUGCAUCCACUCAAAAAGCAUGCUACUCUUGUCAGUCAGCAGGGAACGACAUCUCAGUCAUGAUUGACGGCAGCCUCAUCACGGCGUCCCUCCGUCCCUUUCUUCUCUGUCCGCCCUACACUACACAGUGCCCCUUGGUUCACUCACUGGCCGGCCCCGCCUGUCCCUCCCUGGUGCUGCUGGCCGCCGUGUACGUGGCCAGCCGGUCGGCCAGGGGACGCCUGUGGCGGAGGACGCUCUCGCGGAGGACGCUCUCCCGGCCGCAUCGCAGCAGCAUCAGGGGUCUCCUGCUGGCGCAUGGCCGCUAUGUCGGCCAGCAGCUCCUCGCGGUCGGCCGCCGUGAGCUGCUCCACCCUCUUGAGCGCCUCCACCUUUGCCCGCAUCCCCACCAACUCGGCAAUGAGAGCGGCCUGGUCGCUCUGAGGCAAAGCCAAACACGUGGUAUGCAUGUUGUGCCUCACUCAAAACUCGUAGUGCAGAUCAACAUUCACAUACCAGCAGCGCCCUCCGCUGGAUGGCGGCGGCCUCGACCGCGAGGGCCUCUAUCUCGGCCCGCCACUUCGCAAUUAAAGGCUGAAGGAAAACAAAGAACAAGUGACAAAGUGCUGUGUUGAUGGGCGUCACUUGCAUACCUCCCGGUGGCGCCUCACGUGCUCACGUAUCUCCCUCAGGCGCUCCCCCUCCUCGGUUGACAUGGCGGCGAUGAGGCGCUCGACUUCUUGCCCCUCGGACACACCCGGAGGAGGG